UAGAUACAUUUACAUUGCAUAGGACGAAAGAAAGACCUUUUUGUAUAAAAUAAAAUUGGAAAUUAAUUUUAUUUUCUGCGAAAUUGAUCUGAGUAUUAAAGUAGGAAAAGAAUUUGUUUCUCUAUUCGUUUUCCAUAUUCUGUAAUCAAUUGAAAUGGCUGCAGCUGGACCAGUAAAAACUCCCUGGUCUCCUGACAAAAAAAAUAGCGACAUUGAAAGGUGGGUUUGUAUAUAUCCUGCUUAUAUUAAUAGCAAAAAAACGCGUCAAGAAGGCAGACGUGUAGCCAAACAAUAUUGUGUAGAAAAUCCAACCUAUGUUGAAAUACGCGAUGUUCUCUCAACAACAAAUCUAAGAAUAGGAGUUGAAAAUAAACUAUAUUCAAGAGAAAAAAGCAAAGAGCUAAAUUAUAGGGGACGUAUUCGUGUUCAAUUAAAAAAUGAUGAUGGAACUCCUUGUAAUCCAGAACUACCUACUCGCGAUAGUUUGUUAAUUUUUGCAGGCACGAGAAUUCCUCAACUUAAAUCUCGUCAAAAUCCUAAAUCAACUGAAGGUUCAACACAACCCGCACAAUCUGGAGGUGGUGGAGGUGGAGGUCAUAAAAAAGGCAAAGGCAAAAGACGUUAAAUUAGCUAAACAUUCUAAUGUUAUUUUUUUUUCUUUUCUUUUUAAAUUCUUUGCAUUAAGUUUGAAAUAAAAAAUACAUUUAUUUUCUUAAAA